UACGCUCAGGCCCCUUCGUCAGUCGCCGCCCGGAGCAGGCCGCCGAACGUCGCGCCCUAAACACCCGUGCUAUCUUACACCGGGUUCGAGUUCCGUACCACGAUGACAUAGUCUCGGUGCCGUGCGACGAGACGACGUGAAAGCGCACACCUCUUAAGUUUUUCCAUCGGAAGAAGGAAGUCGUAAAGUCCCCCCCGUUGUUGCAGAACUAGCAUCAGUCCAUCCCGCACCGUCGACCAACGUACACGACUCGGAGAGGCGACUCGCUCUUUUUAUCCGCCUUUUCUAUAAAGACUUAAGAAAAUGGGCGAGCAUGGCCGCUCCGACUCAUACCGUGUCGCCACCGUCGCACCCGUUAAGGACGAUAAUAGAACUGCAGACGGACAGUACAAGACACGCCGGAAACCCCCCGCGAAAAAACGGAAACCAGGAGAUUUAGACGACCUAAAACAGGAAUUAGACAUCGAUUACCACAAAGUAACACCCGAAGAACUUUACCAAAGAUUUCAAACACACCCUGAAAAUGGUCUUAGCCAUGCGAAAGCGAAAGAAAACUUGGAAAGGGACGGUCCAAACGCACUCACUCCACCCAAACAGACGCCCGAGUGGGUGAAGUUUUGUAAAAAUCUGUUCGGCGGCUUUGCGUUACUACUGUGGAUCGGUGCUAUUCUAUGCUUUAUUGCAUAUGGAAUUCAGGCGAGUACCGUUGAAGAACCCGCAGACGAUAACUUGUACCUUGGCAUCGUGUUGGCUGCUGUCGUCAUUGUUACUGGCAUAUUCUCCUACUACCAAGAAAGCAAGUCCUCCAAGAUCAUGGAAUCCUUCAAGAACAUGGUGCCACAGUUCGCCACAGUCAUCCGUGAAGGUGAAAAACUGACGCUCCGCGCUGAGGACCUGGUGCUUGGUGAUAUUGUUGAAGUUAAAUUUGGCGACCGAAUCCCCGCUGAUAUCCGUAUCAUUGAGGCUCGCGGCUUCAAAGUGGACAACUCUAGUUUGACUGGUGAAUCAGAACCUCAGUCCCGCGGCCCCGAGUUCACCAACGAGAACCCUCUGGAGACCAAGAACUUGGCUUUCUUCUCCACCAACGCUGUAGAGGGCACUGCGAAAGGCAUCGUCAUUUGCUGCGGAGAUAAUACGGUAAUGGGACGUAUCGCUGGUCUGGCGUCCGGUUUGGACACGGGAGAGACACCGAUCGCCAAGGAAAUCCACCACUUCAUUCAUCUGAUCACUGGCGUGGCCGUAUUCCUCGGAGUCACCUUCUUCCUCAUCGCCUUCAUCCUCGGCUACCACUGGCUCGACGCUGUUAUCUUCCUUAUCGGUAUCAUUGUAGCCAACGUACCUGAAGGUCUUCUGGCCACGGUAACUGUCUGUCUGACCCUGACUGCCAAGAGGAUGGCGUCCAAGAACUGCCUCGUCAAGAACUUGGAGGCCGUCGAGACCCUGGGCUCCACGUCCACCAUCUGCUCCGACAAGACCGGCACCCUCACGCAGAACAGGAUGACCGUCGCCCACAUGUGGUUCGACAACCAGAUCAUCGAAGCUGACACUACUGAGGAUCAAUCUGGAGUACAAUAUGACCGCACUAGCCCCGGAUUCAAGGCCCUCGCUAAGAUCGCAACCCUUUGCAACCGCGCCGAGUUCAAAGGAGGUCAAGACGGAGUUCCCAUCCUCAAGAAGGAAGUCGCCGGCGACGCUUCAGAAGCCGCCCUUCUCAAGUGUAUGGAGCUGGCUCUCGGUGAUGUCAUGUCUAUCAGGAAACGUAACAAGAAAGUCUGCGAGAUUCCCUUCAACUCGACCAACAAGUACCAGGUGUCUAUCCAUGAGAGCGAUGAUCCCAGCGAUCCUCGUCAUCUGCUGGUGAUGAAGGGCGCCCCUGAAAGGAUUCUGGAACGCUGCAGCACUAUCUUUAUCGGUGGCAAGGAAAAGGUUCUGGAUGAGGAAAUGAAGGAGGCAUUCAACAACGCGUACUUGGAACUUGGUGGUCUGGGUGAGCGCGUGCUGGGCUUCUGCGACCUGCAGCUGCCUUCUGACAAGUAUCCCAUCGGCUACAAGUUCAAUACUGACGACCCCAACUUCCCGCUGGAGAAUCUGCGCUUCGUCGGCCUCAUGAGUAUGAUUGACCCACCACGUGCCGCCGUACCUGAUGCCGUCGCCAAGUGUCGCUCUGCUGGUAUCAAGGUUAUCAUGGUGACUGGUGAUCAUCCCAUCACUGCCAAGGCCAUCGCUAAGUCAGUAGGCAUCAUCUCUGAAGGUAACGAGACCGUAGAAGACAUCGCAGCCAGAUUGAACAUCCCCGUGUCAGAAGUAAACCCUCGUGAAGCCAAGGCCGCUGUCGUGCACGGAACUGAACUCAGGGAACUUAACUCUGACCAGCUUGAUGAGAUUCUCAAGUUCCACACGGAGAUUGUGUUCGCUCGUACAUCCCCGCAACAGAAGCUGAUCAUCGUAGAAGGUUGCCAACGUCUGGGUGCCAUCGUGGCUGUCACCGGUGAUGGUGUCAAUGAUUCCCCCGCGUUGAAGAAAGCUGAUAUCGGUGUUGCUAUGGGUAUCGCUGGAUCUGAUGUCUCCAAACAAGCCGCUGACAUGAUUCUCCUCGACGAUAAUUUCGCUUCGAUUGUGACUGGUGUGGAGGAGGGUCGUCUGAUCUUCGACAAUCUCAAGAAGUCCAUCGCCUACACCCUCACCUCCAACAUCCCUGAGAUCUCACCCUUCCUCGCCUUCAUCCUGUGCGAUAUCCCCCUCCCCCUUGGUACUGUCACCAUCCUUUGCAUCGAUCUCGGAACUGACAUGGUGCCAGCGAUUGCACUUGCGUACGAGGCAGCGGAGGCGGACAUUAUGAAACGACCUCCUAGGAAUCCAUUUUGUGACAAACUUGUCAAUGAGAGGCUGAUCUCGAUGGCGUACGGUCAGAUCGGAAUGAUCCAGGCCGCGGCCGGUUUCUUUGUAUACUUCGUGAUCAUGGCUGAGAACGGAUUCCUGCCUCUCAAACUGUUCGGUAUCAGGAAACAGUGGGACUCCAAGGCUAUCAACGAUCUCACCGACUCCUAUGGACAGGAAUGGACCUACCGCGACCGCAAAGCGCUUGAGUUUACCUGCCACACCGCUUUCUUCGUGUCCAUCGUAGUGGUGCAGUGGGCCGAUCUGAUCAUCUGCAAGACCCGGCGCAACUCCAUCGUGCACCAGGGCAUGCGCAACUGGGCCCUCAACUUCGGUCUCAUCUUCGAAACCGCCCUCGCCGCCUUCCUCUCCUACACCCCCGGCAUGGACAAGGGUCUGCGGAUGUACCCACUCAAGUUCGUGUGGUGGCUGCCCGCCAUUCCGUUCAUGCUGUCGAUCUUCAUCUACGACGAGAUCCGGCGCUUCUACCUGCGCCGCAACCCCGGCGGCUGGCUGGAGCAGGAGACGUACUACUAAGCGGCCGCGCUCGCGCACGCGCCUCGUCUGUGUCGUCAUUGUCACCGUGACAGAGCGACGGGGACGCGGCCGUAGCACUUCGCGCGCUUCUCACCGCUUGUACCGCCGCCGACCGCCCGCCCCGCCGCCCCGUCGUCCUCGCCCCGC